AUGGGGCCCUGCCCAGUAUCCCUCGGCGUAUACAUGAAUAUUAGUAUCCUCAAGAAUAUUUGCAUCACCAUCUUCAUUUUCACGAGCUAUAAUACAGCAUUUGCAUCCCCAAUUGAUACCGCUGUUCUUGCAAAAAGCCCAUUGAAUAUGGGAAAUCACUUAUCUCCAAAGAGCCCACUUUCCCCUACCAAUUCCAGAAAUAACACCAACAUAGCUGCCAAUACGACAAUACAAUGGCUGCCAGCUGCCCCAGAUGUUAAGAAUUUAACAAGGACAAAUCUCGAAGUUGAGAGAGAGGAAAGAGGGAGCAGUUUAACUCAGGUACCCCAGCAGUCAGAAGAGCUCGACUCUUCUGGCGCUGGCCGCAUUGACAUACGCGGCAACGGUAUUUUAAGCACAGAAAAGCUCUUCUAUAAAAGCCUGCGGCCAAGAAUCCAAUGUCCCUCGAGUUCUGAUGAACCCCAGAUUCUAGCUCGGAUUUCGAGGGUAUUUGAUGGAGACUAUAAUAUCCCAGGUGCCAGCCCUAAUGAUUUAGAUGCGUUUAAGCGUCGGUGGAGUCACAUCCGCAAAAAUACAGAAAGCUCUUCCAGACGGCUAGUGAGGGAAGCAAUAAAUAUAUGUAUGAAAUGCAGCUGCAAUAAGAUCAAUUGGCAGCUUGUUCGAACGUCACUCGGAGCCUACGGUGCCGGUGGUACGACUAGGACAGGAUGUGGACCCGCUCAUGCUCGCUAUUGCAACUUCAUCUACGGAUGUUACUGCAUGGUCGAGUUAUUGACCGAGCCGACCGACACCAUCCGACGCCUGAGACUCUUCAAUUUCAACCGUCUCCAGGAGUUGGCACUCAGAAUACCAGACCGUAUCCGCAAUUCCCCCGCAAACGCGGGAGUGGAGUGGCGAGUACCCAAUACAACCGGUCCAGGGGACGUAGUACUUCGCCUCGGGGCUCCUCUGCCUUCAAAUGGUGAAGCGGAUCUACCCUCGCUCACCCCGCCCACACUCGGCGAGAUAUUCAAUGACCCAAACGACCCGGGCGAGGGGUCAAGUACGGGAGUCACCAGGAGCAGCCAUUUUGGACAAGUCAAUGUUGCCCCUUCUACGGAACCGCCAUUUUACCUAUCUGGCCCGACUGACGAGGAUUUCUUUUGGCGAGAUUAUUACGAUAAUCCUGGGGGCUUCGGAGGCGGAGACGGGGGCGGUUCAGGAUUUGUUAAACGAGAAAUGGUAUCUAAUGAAGAGGAUAAUAUAUCAUCUCGAAAACCUGGUUAUCUGUAG